AGUCGCUAAAAUGCUUAAUUUGCAGGUAAACAAAAUGAAACAAUAACAUCGGUCUCGUGAUUCCGUGAUCGAUUCGUUACCGGGGAGAAUUCCGCUGGUAUGAUGCACUUAUUCUUCGCUUUGUUUGUGCUUUGCAUUGCCGAUGCAAAUCGUCAAGAUGUCAUGGAAAUGAGCAUGCCAGAUAUCGCCAUUGGUCCUACAGAUAUACAACAUUCCAAUAAAAACUUCAAGUUUGCAGCAUACUAUGGAGACCAUAUGGUCCUGCAGCGUGCACCCAAGCAGGCCGUGGUGUGGGGUUACCAUCCCUUUACCUACGUCUAUGUGGGAGUGACUGUGGGAAACAGUACCCAGUAUGGCCUGGUCAAUACACAAGGGGUCUGGAGUGUGAUCCUUGACCCUGUUGAGGGUCCAGGGCCCUACAAUAUCACAGCCCAUGGGUUAGCAGGGGAAAUUACUCUAACUGAUGUCCUAUUUGGAGAUGUGUGGGUCUGUUCUGGGCAGUCAAACAUGGAGUUCACAGUCAGAAUGGGAAACAAUGCCAGUGAGGAGAUACAAGAUGCAGACAACUUUCCAAAUAUCCGAGUGUUCACGGUCAAUCAGAGAGCUGGGUCAAGUACACCAUUGUCUGACUUUACUAUCAAAAACAGCAUUAAACAGUACUGGUCUGUUGCUUCAAAUACUUCUAUUGGUGGGACUGACAGAGACUGGGGCUACUUCUCCGCGGUGUGCUGGCUGUAUGGUAAAUACCUGUACCAGAAGCUGGGCUAUCCGGUCGGUCUUGUCAACACUUGCUGGGGAGGCACACCUGUGGAGGCCUGGUCAUCUCCGGAUGCUCUGUUCAAGUGUGGUUUAUUUAGAACACCUCAUGACACUGGAAAAAACAGUAACAUGACCAUAUAUGGAGUUAUCUGGUACCAAGGAGAAUCAAACGCCCCAAGUCCUCAUAACUACAACUGUACCUUCCCGUCCAUGAUCAGUGACUGGAGAGCCAAGUUCCACUCGUCACAUGGACAGAAUGAUCCAUCCUUUCCUUUUGGUUUUGUAAUGCUUGGUGCCAAUGAGGCAGACAUGACUAAGUUUGAUGGCUUUCCCGAGAUUCGAUGGCAUCAGACAGCAGACUUUGGCUAUGUACCAAACAGCAAGAUGGUCAAUACAUUCAUGGCCAAUGCAAUGGAUUUGCCGGACUUUCUGAACAGUGUAGGAAGCAUCCACCCUGGCGACAAACAGGAUGUAGCGAGACGAUUGGUCAAUGCCAGUUUGGCAGUGGCCUAUCACCACACGGAUAUCGUUUACCAGGCCCCACUGCCCACUGGCUACAAGGUGGACACUGAGCCCAGAACACUGGAACUUGUUUACAACAAUGGCUCAGAAGCCCUGCAGCUCAGAAACAAUGUUGGCUUUGAGAUCUGUUGUUCCUAUGGUAAUGUGACCGAGUGUGACGACCAGUCAUGGUGGGUCCACACCUCCAUAAACAGGAUUACUCCCAGCACUGUGAUCCUCAGUACAGCAACGUGCCCAGCCAAGAAUGUCACUGGGGUCAGAUAUGCUUGGAGGGUGACACCCUGCUCCUUCAAAGAAUGUGCCUUGUACUCAUUUCUCAGCACAUUUCCAGCCUCACCCUUCCUCUACACAAACACAACAUUCAGUAGGGAUGGUAGUUAUACCAUCAGCCGUACCCAACCGCACCCUAUCACUAAAUAGUGCUCCCUUCUGAAUGACCUUCAGAAGUGGCAGAAGUUAUCAGCGGGACCCAACCACACCCUAUCAUUGUAUAGUGCUCACCUCUGAACGACCUUCAGAAGUGGCAGAAGUUAUCAGCGGUACCCAACCAUGCCCUAUCACUGUAUAGUGCUCACCUCUGAACGACCUUCAGAAGUGGCAGAAGUUAUCAGCGGUACCAAACCAUACCCUAUCAUUGUAUAGUGCUCACCUCUCAACGACCUUCAGAAGUGGCAGAAGUUAUCAGCGGUACCCAACCACACCCUGGCCUAUCACUGUAUAGUGCUCACCUCAAGGUUAAAAAGUCAUUAGUCACUUGACCACUUGUGGAGAAUUAAAGGGGAUGGGGGAAUCUUUUUAACCCCUCCUCACUCUGUUGUUAUUAUACAUAAUUUUUUAAUCUUGAUCAGACAGAUUGACAUGCAUUCCACAACCAAUGUCACAUUCCUUAUUAUUUUAUUACCAUAUUACUAACACUAGUUUAUUUUCUGCAGUUACAUAUAUUUUAACAGAUUCAUAUAGAAAUUUAUAGAUUAGUAUACUGUAAGUAAAAAUGAAUAACUUUUGUAUGGAAAAAAAAGCUUAAUCAUAUUUACAGCAGUUGUCAUCAUGUUGCAUUUAAAUUAUUUCAUUUAAACAUAUAUUUUUUUACAAUUAAUGAAUAUCCUUUCUUUUAUCAAAUUUAAUUAUUUAUUUUACAAAUAUUGCAUAAUAUCUGGAGCAUGAUCUGCUUGGAUCUGACCAUUUUGGACUAUUCCAGUAAAAAAGCUUCCCGACCCGGAGGACUAAAGUAGGCAGAUUAAUUCUUUUGAACUUAGAGCUGUAUCGUACGUAACAGUUAGUCAUUUUGAAGUUUUAACAUAAUUCACAGCAUGCCAGAGAUCCUUUUUCUACACAGGGCGCAUGCACAUAUUUCAUAUCCUGUCAUGGCAAAGGAACGCUAUAAAAAAACAAAUUAAAUUCUGCAGGUUGUAUCCAAAAGCAAACCUUAAUUUCUGGGUUGGGGUAGGGUUUUUAUUUGAAUAACCUGUAUGAUCAAGGCACUGAGAUUAGAACCCUUCCCCAGUUUUUUCGUGUGAAAGAUUUUCUUUUUUGUAUAUUUGUAUUUUUAUUGCAGAACUCCAAUAAAGUGCCUUAUUAUGAUGUAUAUUACGUUGUAAAUUAAUAAAGUAGUUUGCACAUAUUCCUUAGAAAUCAUGUAUAAAAAAGUUUUCCU